UUACGGUACUGUUGUUGCGGCAUGGCUGGGGUACAGAAACAAAGAAAUCUUAGCUGAAAGUUAUUUUGUAAAAAGUUAUCAUUAUUCGCGGAGAAUCAAUAUGGUUUUAAGUAGAAGAACAUUUCAAAUAUCCAGUCAUGCUUUUGACUGCUUCAAAGUGAUGGAACAAUUGCAGAGGACGCGGGAUUUGUGCGACGUAACAUUGAUAGUGGAAGGACGAGAGUUUCAUGCACACAGGAUAAUCUUGGCUGGGGUUAGUCCGUACCUUAGGGCUAUGUUUACAAAUGGGAUGUUAGAAAGUGGUCAGAGGAAAGUAGAAAUCGGUGGAAUCGAUGCGAGGACUAUGGAAGAUUUGAUCCAAUUCGCAUACACAGGCUCAAUCGACGUUUCAAUCGAUAACGUUCAGCAUCUUCUCGCCGGGGCCAGCAUGUUGAAUAUAUCACCUCUGAGAAACGCGUGCUCGAAUUUUUUGAAAAGCCAGCUAGACUCAGGAAAUUGUAUCGGUAUACGGCAAUUCGCAGACUUAUAUUCUUGUGUAGAGUUAGAGCUGGCUGCGCGAGAAUUCAUCAACCAAAAUUUUAUGGAAGUUAGAAAAAGUGACGAGUUUUUGCAACUUACUUUUAGGAAAUUGAUUGAAUUGCUGAAAAGUGAUAAGUUACAAGUAAGAUCCGAGGAAGACAUUUACGUUGCCUUUGAAAUGUGGAUUUACGAAGACUACGAGAGUCGUAAGGAUUACAUCCCUGAAGUUCUAGAAUGCAUAAGGUUUCCUCAACUCUCCUUGGAAUUUCUUGAAUCAAAAGUAUUUUCAUCUCAUUAUAUAAAAAAUAACACAAGAUGUCAGUUGAUUUUAGCGAAAGUUAUGAACGAAAGGCCUGAGAAUCUGCCAAAAUAUUUAACUCGAAAACGAGCUUUGCCUCCAUCAGUUUACGCGAUUGGCGGAAGGAACAGUGUAGAGUGUCAGCUGAACACAUUGGAGCGAUACGACAUUUACGAAGAUGAAUGGUUGAUUGAGCCAAGUAUGAAUUCUGCACGCACAGCUGUUGGUGCGGCUUCGCUAAAUGGUUUGCUUUAUACUGUAGGUGGUGAAUGUGCUGUAAAUAAUCCUCAUGAAGAUACAAUGUACCUUGGAGUUGUAGAGUGUUUUGACCCAAUUAAAAGAAAAUGGUUUAGAGUAGCUGAUAUUGGUAUUCAGAGAUCUUUUGUGUCUGUUGCUGUUUGCAAUGGAAAUUUGUAUGCUGUUGGAGGAGAAGACCGCUCUUGUAGCUACAAUGCAGUCGAGAAAUUUGAUUCUUUAAGAAACAAAUGGCAGCCGGUCAGAGGAAUGAAGCGCAAAAGAUCAGGGGCUGGGGUUGCUGUUGCUGAUGGCUUUAUAUAUGCUGCUGGUGGCUAUGACCGUGGAAUGCAUUGCGACAGAGCCUCAGUUGAGCGAUAUGAUCCAGACAGAGAUGAAUGGUGCUUUGUGGCAGAAUUGGAAAAAGCAAGAUCUGGUUUGGUUUUAGUUUCAGUCAACGGAUAUGUAUACGCAGUUGGUGGUCGGAACCGAAGUACAGAUCAUUACUUUUCUCUUUGUGAAAGAUAUAAUCCUGUCACUGAUCAAUGGACUGUAGUAUCAGCCAUGAUAACUCCACGUGCUUGGCCUGCUGCUGGCGUUCUAAACAACAAGAUAGUUAUGUUAGGGGGGUUUGAUGGUGCAAAUCGGCUGAGUAGCGUUGAAAUUUACGAUCCGGAAGAAGACCGUUGGAGACAUGUCAGUCAUAUGAAUAUUUGCAGAGCUGGUUGUGGAGGAGCUGUCAUGUGACUUUCUUACCAACAGCUGCGUGAUAAUUUUGAAAUCUCUAAGGUGUGUACAUAUUCCAAUUAAGUGGGUCGAUUUUUAUUAUUGAUGUGGUCCUUUUGUCACGAUUUUUACUGUUCCUUUCUCUAACAGAUAAACAAAGAGCUAAUACUUUACUUUGAUGAUUCUUUUGGCGGUUGAAUUUUUAUCUUGUUGAGGUUAUUAAAUUUCGUAUUUUAUUGCUCAUUUGUUUUAGACUAAAUUUGUGGUUUGCAUGUUUUAGACUGGGUUCCAAAAUUGGUCGCCCCAUCCAACAUGAUAUUCCUAGCAUGCACUCAUUUCUAAAAAAAGAAAAAUUCGCAGUGGUGGCAACUUUAUAAUUGAAAAAACUUCCUUCACAUAGUUUAAAACCCUGUUUACAUGAGAUACUUAAUGAUCCGAUCCCAGGCGUUUACACGGGAUCCGAUACAGAUGAGAUCUAAAGACACACGCAUGCGCUUUUCAGAAAACUGGUGUGUGUCCGACGUUUUUCAUGAAAACUGAGAUUGAAACAACAGUCCAAACUAAAUGGAGAGGAAAGCAACUCACAAUCCAACCUGAAAGAGCUGUCACAAAAGACAGACUCACAGCGAAAUUUAAAAAUAUAAAACAUGCUCUAAACAUAUUUUGAAGACUUUUGGAUUCAUCUUAUCGUACAAAUAUUUCAACACAGUAGUAAGUCAACUUCGUGUUUAGUUUUCUGACGCCAAGCUGACGGAAUACAUGUAUUCAGAGUACUUCGAAUUGACUAUUAUUCUGUCUCACUUUCGCAUAAAACGUAAACGGAUCCGAUCUAGACCAGAUCCAACCGUUUAUACGGGAUCCAGUCCAGGUCGGAUCCAUACUGUUCGGAUAGCGGAUCAAAAUGUAUACGGAUCCACCAGUUCCCGUGUAAACACAAGGCCUACGCGCACUCUUUUGAAUCCAAUCCGGAUCGGAUCCAUACUGGAUCACCUCUGAAGGCGAUCCCAAAGUGUUCGGAUAGCGGAUCAAAAUGUAUACGGAUCCACCAGUUCCCGUGUAAACACAAGGCCUACGCGCACUCUUUUGAAUCCAAUCCGGAUCGGAUCCCUUCUCGUGUAAACUUGGUCUUAGUGUCCAUUUCAACUUAAGAUGCUAAAAUCAGACAAAACUCGUUAAAUCACUAAGGCUGGUUUGUUUUACGUGGUUUUUUUGCCCAAAUUAUGCGGAUAUUUUUAUCUAUGAUACCUUAGUGGUUUUAAACCAAAGUAUCUUAGUGGUUUUAAACCAGGACUGAGAGUUUCUUUUCUGCACAACAGCCUUAAUACCGAUGUGAAAUUUUGUUGCUGAAAAUGAGUGAGUUAAAUUGAACUAGGACAAUCCGAGCCAUCCAUCCCAAGUGUUCGCCACGUCUUUGUCAGCGUGCAUCAUGGUUCCCCAAACGUUCUUCAAGACACCCCAAGCAUUCUUUGAGCUUCUCGUAAUGUUGGCCAAGCCAACUUAACCAUUUGCCGAGCGAGACGCCCUAAGCGUUUGCCAAGUCGCCCCAAGCGCCAGUCGGGCUACCGAACUAAAGGGCUCACCAAGCUGCCUGUAGUUAGACAAACCAAGCGUUUUCCCUGCAUGGCGAUGCCUCUACUCUUGUCGUGUAAGUUAGGUCUGUAAUUCCUGUAGUACCAAUUAGCAUGAACCAAUUAGCAUGAAACACAUACAAACUUGAAACUCAAACAUAGGCUUCGGUAUAUUCAGGCUAAUUUAAGGUCUAAAUCCAAAUAGUAUCUGGCAUAAUCACCCUUUUUUGAAAAGCUCCCUUCCACCCUAACCGGGUUCUUGAUAUCCCUAACCCCUUGAGUUCUUACUUCUUAGUUAGAGAAAGAUAGAAAAAUUUUAGAUAUGGGUAUAUAUGGUUAACUAACGCAAACUUUAAAUUGUUGUAUCUUUGUGUGUUGACUUGAUGUUUGUUGUUUCGUACCAGAAAAAUUAAUGUAGGUUUGUAAAUAAGAGUUAUUUAUAACAUGAGACAUAUUAAGCAGCAGAGGAUUUUAGAUGCAGAAAAAAGGUUGUUUUGGUUUAAA